ACCUUUAUAUUAAAUCAAACACAUACCUCAACUGUAUCAAGUUGAGGGAUAAUUUCUAUUGUGCAAAAUAAUCCCCAUAUUUAGUGUUUAUGUUACUACGCAAUGUGCAUUUGGCGGGAAAGAGCAGUGUGGUUUGGCGGAGUGAGAAACCAAAUCCGUAGUAUUAAAAGCCGCGGGAGCAGCUGUUGUUAAUCUUGCAGUCAGCAGGGUGGUGAUAGACACACGCAGCACUGGGCUCAAAGGACUUUACGACAACGGUGUUGACUUCGGCACUUUUAUUUCGCCUGCUUUCUCAACGAACAAGUAUUUUGUUUGUGCUGUCACUGCUACGGCAGUCACAAUGCCGCUUAAUUCAAACAUGGCCAGUAAAAACUAUGACUACGACUAUGACUCGGUCCAGCCCUACUUCUACUUCGACAUUGAGGAGGAUAAUUUCUAUCACCGACAACACAGCCAACUCCAACCCCCUGCUCCAAGCGAGGAUAUAUGGAAGAAAUUCGAGCUGCUGCCGACACCACCGCUUUCUCCCAGCCGGCGACCCUCUCUAUCAAGCCUCUUCCCUUCGACUGCAGACCAGCUGGAGAUGGUCACGGAAUUUCUCGGGGAUGACGUGGUGAACCAUAGUUUCAUUUGUGACGCGGACUACUCCCAGUCUUUUCUCAAAUCUAUCAUUAUCCGGGACUGUAUGUGGAGCAGUUUUUCGGCUGCUGCUAAACUGGAGAAAGUAGUGUCCGAGAGACUAGCAACGCUGCAAGCGAGGAGGGACUCUAGCGUGGCCGGGGAAGCUAGCACAGUAACCAGCACGAAUCCAAACUUGAAUUACCUGCAAGACCUGAACAACUCCGCAUCGGAAUGCAUUGACCCUUCUGUGGUGUUGUUCCCUUACCCGGUUGCCGAGAACCAUAAACACAUAAAAACGACUACAGCGUGUGCCAUGGCAUUGCCUUUGGAUACCCCACCGAACAGUGGUAGCAGCAGCGAUAGCGAUUCAGAAGAGGAAGAGGAGGAGGAAGAAGAGAUUGACGUGGUGACAGUGGAAAAGAGAAAGUCUGUAAGGAGGUCAGACUUGCACAUGUCUAGUAGCACACACCUCUGCCCCCUUGUCCUGAAACGGUGUCACGUCAACAUCCACCAACACAACUAUGCCGCUCACCCGUCGACAAGGAGCGAGCACCCCAUCAAGAGGAUUAAGUUUGAGAGCAGUGGGAGAGUACUCAAGCAAAUCAGCAACAACCGCAAGUGCUCGAGUCCCAGAACGUCAGACUCUGAGGAUAAUGACAAACGCAGGACUCACAAUGUGCUGGAGAGGCAAAGGCGAAACGAGCUCAAGUUGAGCUUUUUCGCAUUACGGGACGAGAUCCCGGACGUAGCGAACAAUGAGAAGGCAGCCAAAGUGGUCAUACUCAAAAAGGCAACAGAGUGCAUUUUCAGUAUGCAAACGGAUGAGCAGAAACUGUUAUUGUUGAAAGAGCAGUUGAGGAAAAAGAGUGAACAGUUGAAAAGCAGACUAGAGCAGCUGAGGAACUCUCAGCAAGUUUAAUUUAUGAAAGGAUGCCAUGUUUUUAUGCCUAAAGUAACUUGUGUAGAGUGGUGGUGCAUGCAAAUGCAAAAAAUUCACCGGUAUUGGCCAGACACCUGGGCUGGAAUCAGAAUUAUUUUCUUUCACUGCCUCACUUGAACUUUAUAGGGGUUAUCAAUUUCUUAUUUAAGUAUUUUAUUUUUAUUGAUGAAAGGUUCUGCACAGUUGUCUACCUUAACUUAAUGCUUUUGUAUGUUUUGUAUAUAAUUCUCAAAUGUAUUGAUCUCACAAAUACAUUUUUAUAAAUCAUGUAUGACUGGAGUCACGUGUCCUACCUUGAAAUUAGAACUUAAUUUGCAUUAGAUAGUCAUGAGCAUGGCUAGCCUGUUUACUCUGACCACACAGUCCUAGCAGCCUCAUGCUAGCUGGCCUUUCGCCAACCCUUUAAAUAAUGUCAAAGCUCCAUUUUACUGCACACAGCCAUGUGUCCCACACUGUGUCAGUGUCUUUAAUGUUCAUUACAUGUCACACUGACCACCCCGUUUCCUGAUCGAACAUAGGUUUACGAGUGUCUGUUUGUUUGAGAAACCUGCAUGGUGUCAUUUCCGGUUGUGUUCCUAUUGGUCAGUCACAGGGAUCAUCUUGUAACACCAGCCACACUAUACAGUGAAGGCUCAACAUUUCUGUCAGAACAUUGUCGGUGCCUAUGACCACACGUAGUGAUAAUUAAUCAACAAACCAAGACCCUUGCCGUCUCUGAAUUAGCGUACUGCAUACUAUGUACUCAUCGUCGCAUACUUUUUAGCACGUACCAUUUGGUAAAAAGUAUUCCAAAUUCAACAGCCCUGCAUCACAUUUACCAGCUUGACAAUAGUUGAUUUCUAAUUUGAUUAAUUUAAACUCAAUAGAUAUGCAGUUAUAGGCCUACUCAGUAUUCCUAUCUAUCCUAUUUUAAAAGGACUGAAUACAUUAAUUGAAUUCAUAUUUAGAGAAACCAAAGUGCUGUGUAUUCUAGUACACAAACUGUUUAACUCCUAAGGGUAUUGCACAGAAAAAUCUGUAGAGUUUGGUGCAUAGCAAAUUCAGAUCUGCUGAAUCGAAACAACUAAAGCACCGAUCAGAAUGACAACUAAGGCUUGCUCCAUAAAUGAAAUAGGUAGCCUAGCCUACAAAUCUAAACCAAUUCAUAUGUUCAAAUCAAAAGGUCUGAUUAACUUGACAUCAAUAACACAGCCACAUUCAGCUCCCCUUCGCCGAUGAAGGCCACGAGAACAAAAUAACACUUCAAUGACCCAGAGGUCCACUUUGGGUAAAUAUGUAGCCAACGAUGCAAUACUAGUGGUCAUUUUAAGGAGAACAAAAACUACAUUCGCCUACAUUUGAACACCAACGCAGAAGCUUUGCUAUUCAGCAUCUUCCCAAAAAAGUAGCCUCGUUUUGUUUGGCUACUUGAACUAGUCCCUCAGCCCACCUCUUCCAAUGCAUUGUGGAAAAGUGUGCAUCGAAUUCUACAAGAUGAAGAGCUGAAAUGGGUGUAACAUCCUGGCAUUUAAACCAUAGUAGCUUUUUUUUUUUUAUCACAUACUAUAAAACAUUAUUUUGGCAUGCUGAGAAUGCAACAAGCGUGAUUGCAUUAUUUGCCGCUACUGGUUGGUAUCUUUAGCACAUCCCCGUAUCUAAUGAUCAGCUGUUGUCAAAGCCUAAAUGACUAUGGCAUCCGGGCAUUUAAAGUAUACUUAAUUUUCAAAAUGUUGCAUACUAUUAAACUUUUUUAGCAUUCUCAAACGGCCUACUAUUUAGGACGCAAGUAUGGGUAUUCACACGGCUCCUGUCACACUGAACAAGCCAAGACAUCAGACAAUCAUUUAUGACCUAAGAAUUAGGCUACACUGGUAAUUUUGUCAAGGACGGCAAAAUCGUGGUAUAAGACGGCUAAAAUUGUAGACUGCAGGCUUUUAUGGGCAAAUGCAUGAACACAAAAGCUGUCCUGCCCCUCUGUAGUCCACGUGGGGAAAAUAAGGCAGUGUAUCGCAGGGGGGGAGGGGAACCAAGUUCACUCAAGUCAUUUUAGUUAAUCACUCAGUGUCUUUCAGUUUAGAAUCUUGAAUGACAUGUACGCUACAAAUGAUUUUGUAAAGCAAACUAAACAAAAAUAUUAACGCAACAUGUAAAGUACACCAUGUUUCAUGAGCUGAAAUAAAAGAUCCCAGAAAUGUU